CUUUCUCUCUCUUUUUAAAAAAUAUAUUGUCAUUCAAAACCCUUUCCCUUCUCGGGGAGAAUAAAUAAUAUAGUAACAGACGCAUUCUCUUUUAUUUUUUUAUUAUUUUCAAAUCUCAACAUCUUCAUCAUGAGUUCAGGAACACAAUCUAUUGCAGAUCUCACGACUGAAACCAGACCAACUACAGGUGACAUUCCUCCUCCCCUUGUUGGAGCAUCUACUAUUGUUGCAGGCAACCAGCUCUAUGUGUUUGGUGGACGAUUGGUUUCUUCCCGCCAAAUGACAAAUAAUUUGUACAUUCUCAACCUCGAGACUUACACUUGGACACAUUAUAUUUCUCCACCUGAUUCACCACCACCACCUAGACCAAGAUAUUUUCAUUCAUGCAAUCUCUAUAAACACUAUCUCGUUGUGUUUGGUGGUAUGAGUUAUUCCGUUCGACGUUCUUCCCAAAGCUUAUGUGCAUUAGACGAUGUAUGUCUGUUUAACUUGGAAACUAUGACCUGGAAGUAUCCUGAUGUACAGCCAAGUAUUUAUGCACCUCAAACGCGAUAUGCCCAUUUGGCUGUGAUUGCUACCGAUAAAUUAGUGGUGAUGGGCGGACAAGACAUGUCUAACCAAUACAUUAACGAAAUCAAUGUCUUUUCGCUCUCGACAAUGGAUUGGGUCCAUGGUGGUCCACUGACUCGACAAUAUGGUGCAUACCGAGCUGUAGCAUUUUAUCCCAAUUCAAUCGACAACAACAACAACAUCAUGGCAACACCACCUUUUUGGGAAACAGACAACAAAGAACUCUCGCUCUGUGUGUAUUCCAAUUAUAAUUUUACAGACGUGGCACGUGAUCUACAGAGUUUCUCACCCAUGCAUGCCACUGCUAAAUUCAGAGACCAUUCAUCAUGCAUGUCAGGCUCUUCUUUACCGCCAGGGCUUCGAUUUCCCUCAGGAGAUGUGAUAGGUCAUCAUCUUAUUUUGACAGGUACUUACCUGACACCCGUUCAUCAAUCCUUUCAUAUCUGGGCCCUGAAUUUGGCCAAUCUUGUCUGGGUUCGAAUUGAUACAGGCUCUGUAUUAGCGCAUGGAUCUUGGAACCGUGGUGUGUUGCAUGAAGCAAAGCAGCAGUUCAUUGUAUUUGGUGAUAGGAACCGAGAAUUGCUUGAAGACUAUAAUCACCGACAAGUUAACUUUACUCACUUGGCUACUGUUGACCUGGAAGCCUUUGGUAUCUACACUUAUCCCAAAGAAACAUGUGCGCCUGUUGCUCAGGAACUUGGCCUUAGCAUGUUAAAUGAGCCUGGUAUGGCAGACAUUGAAAUUAUGACAGAAGAUGGGCGUUCUAUUCCUGCCAAUUCGAAUGUGAUUGCCUUACGUUGGCCAUAUUUUGCCAAUCUACUUCAAGACAAGCCAGAUAAGCCUGGAUUCAAGCGUCUAUUAUUUCCAGAAAGUUAUCCAGUGACACUCGCGUUCUUACAAUACAUUUAUACCGAUCAUCUCAUGACAGCACAGCAACACCAUCCUCAAAUACUAUCCAGAUUACUCGUGUUGUCUGAUGUAUACAAUUUGCCUCGUUUAAACAAAUUGGCAACACACGCAUUACAUCAAAUACUCACUAUUUCUACAGCCAGCUUAGUGUAUGAAACAUCAGCACUCACAGGUAAAACUGCACUUCAAAUACGUGCAUUAAGAGUCAUGAUUAACGCAAAGAAAAUCAUGCAACAACAACAACAACAACAGCAUCAUGAAUAUGCAGGCAUGGAUUCAUCUCCUGUUAUUUCCUCACCAUUCCCCUCAUCCGUAGCAUCUUCACCCAAUAGGCUUGCACAUGAAGAAGAAGACAUGUAUAGAACAGCCUCUCCCAGUACAUCCACAUUUAGACGCUUGACUGCUUCCAAAUCAUCUACAACAUCCCCCGAAAGCUUUAUGCACUCAACAUCCCCUUCACCUAAACUAAGUAAAUCAAGCACCUUGGCUUAUCAAAAACCACCUCUUAUUCAAGAGAGACAACGCAAAGGAAGUCUUGUUCCUUUGCCAUCUGUAUUACAGCAAAGUAUGCGAAAAGGCUCUACGCCUAAUCCAUUUGACCGGCCAAGCAUGGGUAUUCGGUUCUAAACUAUAUAUAUUUAAUAAAAAU